CAAAUUACUUACUCAUAGUGUAACAAUUUUCCAGUACACCCAAAAAAAAAGAUGAAUCACCAUUGAAAAAAAAUUUUAUAAAUUUUCUGGAGUGGUGGUAUCAACAGUUUUAAAAAACCCAUUAAAUAAAUUCAGUUCCAGUAAUUGUAUGUUUCAUAGACUUUCUACCAAUAUCUCAAGAAGUCUAAUUCGUACAAUGUCCACUGCUAUUCCAGUCGCCGCCGCAGAUGCAGCUGUAGUACCUCAAGCAAAAGCUGCUUCAGCCACUCCAUCAUCAGAUAAGAAAGGUGGUAAGAAAUCCAAGAAACAAGAACAGCAAUUCUUAUUGAAAACUCCUAAGGGUACCAAGGAUUGGUCUGAUAAGGAUAUGGUCAUCAGAGAAGGUGUGUUCAACUCAUUAACAGAUUUAUUCAAAAGACAUGGAGGUGUUACUAUUGAUACUCCAGUAUUUGAAUUAAGAGAGAUUUUAACUGGUAAAUAUGGUGAAGAUUCUAAAUUGAUUUAUAAUUUAGAAGAUCAAGGUGGUGAAUUAACUUCCUUAAGAUAUGAUUUAACUGUUCCAUUUGCUAGAUUCGUUGCUAGUAAUAGUAUUAGUAGUAUUAAAAGAUUCCAUAUUGCUAAAGUUUAUAGAAGAGAUCAACCAGCUAUGACAAAAGGUAGAAUGAGAGAAUUCUAUCAAUGUGAUUUCGAUAUUGCUGGUAAUUAUGAUAUUAUGGUCCCAGACUCAGAAAUCUUAAACAUUUUAUGUGAAGGUUUAACUGGUUUAGGUAUUAAUGAUUUUAAAGUUAAAUUAAAUCAUAGAAAAAUUUUAGAUGGUAUUUUUGAAGCUUGUGGUGUUAAAGAAGAAGAUGUUAGAAAAGUUUCUUCUGCCGUUGAUAAAUUAGAUAAAGCUCCAUGGGAAGCUGUUAAAAAAGAAAUGGUUGUUGAAAAAGGUCAACCUGAAGAAGUUGCUGAUAAAAUUGGUGAAUUCGUUAAAGUGAAUGGUACUAUUCGUGAAGUUUUAGAAGUUUUAAAAGCAAGUGAAUUAUUAUCUACUAAUAAAUCAGCUCAACAAGGUAUAGAAGAAAUGGGUGUUUUAGCUGAUUAUGUUGAUGCCUUUGAUAUUAAUAAUUUCCUUAGAUUUGAUUUAUCAUUAGCUAGAGGAUUAGAUUACUAUACUGGUUUAAUUUAUGAAGCUGUUACUGAGGCUUCUGCUCCUCCAGCCAAUGCAUCUGAAUUAAAGGAAAAGGCUCAAAAGGAAAAAGCUUCUAAAGAUGGUGAAGUUGAAGAUGCUUCUGAAUAUGUCGGUGUUGGAUCUAUUGCUGCUGGUGGUCGUUAUGAUAACUUAGUCGGUAUGUUCUCUAAUGGUAAAUCUAUUCCAUGUGUGGGUAUUUCAUUUGGUAUUGAAAGACUUUUCUCUAUCAUUAAAGCUAGAGCUGCUAAAGGAUUAGAAAAUAUUAGUCCAACUCAAACUGAAGUUUAUGUUAUGGCCUUUGGUGGUGGUGAAGGAUGGAAUGGAUUCUUAAAGGAAAGAAUGACCGUUACUAAGAAAUUAUGGGAAGCUGGUAUUAAUACUGAAUAUUUAUUUAAAUCCAAAGCUAAUAUUCGUAAACAAUUCGAUGCUGCUGAAAAAUCAGGAGCUAAAAUUGCUGUUAUUUUAGGUAAAGAAGAAUAUCCAGCUGGUAAAUUAAGAAUCAAAGUAUUGGGUCAAGGAGAAGAUAGUGACGAAGGUGAACUUAUAAAUACUGAUGAUCUUUUAUCUUAUGUAAACCAAAAAUUAGAGUCAUUUAAUCAAGAUGGUUUAGACGAAAUUAGUCGUUUGGUUAAGGGCCUUUAGAUGUAUAUAAAACAUAUAUUAUUGUACAAAAUACUUUUUUUUUAAUUCUAGAUUGCCGAAU